GGACCAUGUGGGGCGUUGUUGCCUCUGCUUCGUAGAAGGCGCGACGGAGCGCAUGCCGGACGUGGUGGGAAGGGAGGCGGCCCGGGAUUGGGCGGGUGGCGGUGAGGCCGGCGUGCUUGAGGCGGACCGUGUGCCGGCUGCGGCGAGUCUUUCCCCAUGCUUCCACUGGUUGCCGGCGGAGGAGCUGCUGCUAUGCCACCAGUGCCGUGAUGAGGCCACUGCCGUGCAGAAGGCUUUCCGAGACCACUCGAGCAACAAGCGAUGCCGAGAGUUUGAAAGGCUCUACGUUUGCCUGUACGAUCGGGACUAUGGCCCCGAGAAGGGCGCGCGGUGCGAAUUGGACGACCCGGCGACCGGAAAGCGGGAAAAGUUUUGGUGCCCUGCUGUGAAGGAGCGGCGGGGUUGCCGCUUCGACACUGACCUUGAUCACCGCAGUGCGCAAGCACUUCUCAAGGCCAGCAAAGAAGCAACCACCGCGGAGCGGAUUGCUUGGCUGAGAGUCUUACGCAUUGCAAAUGUGCCCGGGCCUCGGGUCGCUGGCAGUUUCCUGCUUCUUUCCUGUGUAAAUUGCUCUAUGCUGCAUGCUGACCAACAAAAGGAAAACCGAGCCCGUUGCUGUCAUGCAAAGCACAGGGCCCGCGAAUGCCAUGCGCACUACGCAGCGGCAUCAGGCAGCGCCUUCAGAUUUUGUCAUGCUUGGCUUUAAUCAGGACGGGCGCCGUGUGCUGAGUACUCUGUAUUGGUCAUGACAAGUUUCUAGACCCAGACACGUUUGCAGUGGAUAUGCCUACUUCCGCUCAGUAGUUCCGCGCUCGAAGAAGCAGACCGUCGAGCAAAAGCGCGCAGACGUCGAAGCGCGGGAGCUUGAAGAUUUUGAACGGAGCUGGGCGCUGGAGUAUUUUCCGAAUGGCGCACCACUGCCGUCGCCGCCUACGAAAUGCAAACGCGUCCGGGCCGGGGCCGGGGAAUGUUGGCCAGCUAUUAGAUGAGGGCCAUGGCGGGCAAAGUCAAACGCAAAAACGGGGCGGCGCCCCCGCAAGUUUUACUUGGCCGCGUAGUUGCUACACAUGAUUUUCUAUUCGUUGCGUGACAAGCUGCGAGCGGCCUUGAGCUGCAACGCACGUGAAAGAUUUUGCAUUUUCUUUUCAGCUGAAGUUUCUGUAGACGAGUGCCCAUAGCACUUAGGAGCCCUGCAUCAUUCCAUGCCCAGACGCGUUUGCACUGGAUACCGAGGAAGCUUGCCGAGUACUUCGGAGACGACGCCUCGUUCGGUGUGUCUUUCGGCCUGCGGCUCCUGGUCAAUCGCCCGGAGGUAUUCGUCGUGGAGGAGGAGGGGGCGGACCGAGUGAAGCAGUUGCAGGAAGUCGCGGCGAAGACCUACCGCCAGGUAUGGAGCACCGGCAACGGCCCCGCCGCCGCCUUGAACAUGAUCUUGGAAGAAUUUUGGGGAUCGCCGCUCUCUCGUACCGCCCCGGCCGUCGCACCGCCAGGCCGCUCUGGAGAGAAAGCAGACCAGCGCACGAAAUUUUUCCGGCCGCUCGAGUCGCAUGACCAGGGGAACACACCCAAGGAGCUGCGGGUGAGCCGGCGGCGCACUGCUUUUUUUUUAACGUUGCUCCGGCACUCACCUUGGGGCUCUCGGCUACAGAUGCUCACGCCGCUGGCCAAGCCGCCCACUGCGCACGUUCUUUGCUUCAGGUGGUGCGAAUGCCGCAAAUAUUCCGCGCCGGUCAAAGGGAAAAAAAAACCAGCGCGCAGCUUCUAUCUUCGCGGGGAGGGCGCAGAGAAAGCGCGCGCCGACCACAGGGAGAAGAUGAAGGCGGACGGAUACGAGAGCUUUGAGGCUGAUUGGCCGACCACCAAGUGGCGGAGGGACGUCCCGGGCAAGUAGACCGGCAAACUUGUGGCUACUACAAAUACAACAGUGACUGCAGCGCAUUUUUCUUCGUUUUUUUUCUGAUGUCAUCCGGGUACCUAACCGGGGGCACAGUCAGACUCGCACUGAAGCAGAUCCUACAGAUUUAUUCCGAAGUCGAUCGCUACAUUGGACUUGCGGCUUCGGUUUCGUACUUAGCUGAGUUCCGAGCAUCAUUGUGUGAGAUGGCAGCGCGUAGAUUUACUGCAGCUCCCCGCAGAAGAUUUGAACUUGGUCUAAGAUUUUGAUUUAGAUUUUGCUCUACGCCCAGGCUUUGGUUUGUUCGCGCAGCUGUACCUGAAAAAGAUUUCGGGAGACCCCUGAGAAAAAAAGCGCAGCAGGCGGCAUCAUCUGUACGAAUCAGGAGUAACGCAAAUGCGCGAGCCUUUCGACCGAAAAAUCGACAGUGCAAGUGCACAUGUGAGAGUGAAACUCUAUGAAAGUAUAAAAGAUCUUCUUUAUUGUGCCUGCUGCUCUUUAUGAUCUCGAUCUUGACCUCCCGAGUACUAUGUUCUUCUGGGGAAAUAAACUGCUCAUCUUCAUGAUUUUAUUUUCCCAAACCCUUCAGUCA